AUGCGGAAUCUCAAACUGAGUAUUACUUAUAAAAUUCGAUGAAAUUAGAUACCCACAAAAAUUUAAUCUAUGAACAACUCUAAAUUUUAUAUUUUAAUUAAUUAGUUAUAUAGAUGAAUUCAAUUAAUGUAUAUUCUGCAUAAAAAUUCUGACUCUGAAAAUUGUUAAACCGUUGCAAUCCCUAAAUUUCAUGAAUUAGCAUCCGAUUCCAGCCCUACCUUAAGUUAUAAGCACGAGAAAUAUCACAUCAAUACCACUUUAUUCACAUGUAAAAACCAUAUCCACGAGGACUAUGCUCUCUCCAUACAUCAUCAUUCAUCAACCUAAUCAUAACAUUUAACGAUCCUCAUCACAUCAAAUUUAAAUACUCUCUUAUUUUCAGAUCUUCUAUUUUGCACAUAAUGAAGCAGAAGAUUAGAGUCAUUCAAAUUACAAUAUUGCCCUCUCUUCUUCUUCUUCUGUCUCUCCUCUCCUUCUAUCUCCAACUAAAAUCUCUUCUACUAUCCCCAUCCGUUUACUCCUCUUCGACAUUAAAUCAAACACAUUCCGUGCAAACCAAAUUUAGCAUCUUAAUUGGAAUCUUAACCCGCCCAGAAAAAUCCGAUCGUCGCCACUUCCUUCGCCUUGUCUAUGGAAUCCAAUCAUCACCCAUAGCUGAUAUAGAUGUAAAAUUUGUAUUCUGCAACCUCACAAAGCAUGAGCAGAGGGUGUUUAUAGCAUUAGAAAUCCUUCGCUUCAACGACAUUAUCAUCUUAAAUUGCACAGAGAAUAUGAACAAUGGCAAGACCUACACCUACUUCUCUUCACUCCCACAAAUCCUUCCAAAACCUUACACAUAUGUAAUGAAAGCUGAUGAUGAUGUCUUCAUUAGGCUCACCCCAUUAUCUCUCUCUCUAAACCCACUUCCAAGGCUGGAUUUGUACUAUGGUUUUGUGAUUCCGUGCAGCAGCAAGAACCCAUUUGUGGAUUACAUGUCAGGAAUGGGAUUUUUGUUGUCCUGGGAUCUUGUUGAGUGGAUUGGGAGAUCUGGGAUCCCUGCAAAGGAGACGCAAGGGCCAGAGGAUAAGUUGGUUGGGAAAUGGUUGAAGAUUGGAAACAAAGCAAAGAAUCGAUUUUCUGAUAAGCCUGCAAUGUAUGAUUAUCCAGGAACAAAUGGAAGGUGCUCCCAUGAGCUUAUACCAGAAACUGUGGCAGUUCAUAGGCUUAAGAGAUGGGAUCAAUGGCUUCAUGUUCUUGAAUUUUUUAAUGUCACUAAACAACUUAACAACUCCGAGUUUUUUCAUUUAUGAGAUUUUUUGUCCAUAGAAAUUUGGGCCAUGAGAUUCCCAAUCUAGUGAAUGUUAGGCCCAUUUAUGAUAUCAUCGGCUCAUUCGUCAUUUC